GAUUUAGAAAGAUUAUAUAAUCAUGAGUUCGAGGAUACAGAUAUGUUUUGUAAUGGAUAUUCUGUCGAAGAUAAAAAAGCUCUAGAAAUAGUUAGCAGUUCGUUUAGAUUGGAGGGUGGUCAUUUCCAAGUUGGUCUACCAUGGAAGUAUGAUAAGCCAAGACUACCGAAUAAUUUGGAACUAGCUGGACGCAGACUGGAAUGCUUAAGGAAGAGGUUUAUGAAAGAUAACAGUCUUUUGGAGAAAUAUCAAUUUGUGAUGAAUAAACAUUUAAGUAAGGGAUACAUCAUUGAAGCUAGUGAAAAGGGAUCUGUGAUGCUGUUUGUUGGUAUAUUCCUCAUCAUCCUGUUAUCAACCCUAAAAAGCCUGGAAAAUUGAGAAUUGUUUUUGAUUGUGCGGCUGUCUAUCAAGGUUGUUCUCUUAAUGACCAGCUUUUGAGAGGACCGAAUACUGUAAAUAGUUUAAUUGGUGUACUUCUACGAUUCAGAUUAGGUAACGUAGCAUUAGCUGCUGAUAUCGAAGAGAUGUUUCUUCAAGUAAAGAUUCCGAGACAAGACAGGGGAGCAUUUCGUCUAUUGUGGUGGGAAGACGGUGAUAUAAGACGAACGGCUAAGGAAUAUUGUUUAACAGUUCAUCCGUUUGGAGCCGUGUCCUCCCCCUUUUGCGCCUAUUUCGCUCUUAAGAAGGCGGUAGAUAUAUUCGGUAAGGAAUUCAAUGAAGAUAUCCAGGAUGUCGUAGAUAGGAGUUUCUGUGUCGACGACUAUUUAGCCUCUAUUGAUAAUGUACAGGAUGCGAUUGAGCUGGCAAAGGCCCUUGGUUCUCUCCUCAGAAAAGGUGAGUUUAGACUCACCAAGUGGAUAAGUAACUGUUUACAAGUUCUCGAAUCAAUUCAUCCAGAAGAGAGAGUAGAAGCCGUAAGAGAGAUUGACUUUGAAAGACUUCCUACGGAACGCACGUUGGGAUUAUUUUGGAAUACUAUGGUUGAUUCGUUUGAAUUUAAAGUUCGGAUACCGAAACGCCCCCUCACUAGGCGAGGUAUAUUGUCAAGUGUAGCCUCACUUUACGAUCCUCUGGGAUUGGUAGCACCGUUUAUACUUCCCAUGAAGCAGUUACUUCAACGUUUAGGUAAAUUGGGACUAGGAUGGGACGAAGAGAUUCCAAAUGAGGAAAGUAAAUGUUGGUUAAAGAUUUUAAUUGAAUUUCAGAGGGUUGAGAACGCUAGUUUUCCACGUCGUGUAUUGUUACCGCAAUCAGAUCGUUCGCUCCUGGAACCUCAUAUUUUCAGUGAUGCAUCGGAAACUGGAUAUGGUGCAGUGGCAUACGUCCGCUCUUACAUUUCUGACACUGAAAUAUGUUCUCGUCUUGUUACGGCUAAGGCAAGAGUAGCCCCCUUGAAGGUUCAAACUAUACCGCGCUUGGAACUUACGGCAGCAGUUUUAGCAGCUCGCAUGGGAUACCACCUGCAGUCAGAAUUAGAUAUUAAGUUUGCAGAGGUUAAUUUUUGGACGGAUUCCAUGAUUGUCUUAGAAAUGAGAAAAGCCAGUUUAAAACAUUCAUAGCAAAUCGAGUCUCGACUAUUCACAGUCUUACUAAGGUGGACCAAUGGAGAUUCGUACCUUCUAAAGAAAACAUCAGACUUUGCAUCCAAAGGGGUCAAGUUUGACAUUGAUGAUGUCAAGAUUGGGAGAAGGGCUUUAUGUUCUGCGGACACAAUUAGUUGUUUGUGUGUGAAGGUUAUUCAUUUUCUAAAAGAACUAGAAGGGUCCAACAAUGUUACGAUUUGGAAUCAGAAUAAAGAGUUCGCGGUAAAUAAAGAAAUUAGUGGAUUGGUCCUCUAUAUGGGUUUAUAUAUCCAUGUUUACGUUAGUGUAUAUGAGCUUCUAUGGAGGAUGAAGCAUUUUGUUAGAUGGUCGAUAUUGCGAUUGUUUAUGUUGGCGCAAAUAUUUUGGAAACAUUUGUCUAAGGAAUAUGUUUCAUUGUUGCAACUUAGACACAAAUGGACUCAACCAGAGAUGAACAUAGGAGAGAGUAACUUGGUGACGACAUGUACUGGGUUUUUAGAGAAAGACAAGUGGUUAUUAGGUCUGGUAAGGAAAGUGAUACCUAAUAGUGAUAGGUUAAGACCGACGGAGUUCCGGACAAGCGAAGGGAUCUUGGUAAGAGAUAUUAGAAAACUGCGUCUAGAAGUUGUAGAUAUUAGGUAGCUACUCGGAUCCCUAGGCGUACUGGUGUAAGUCCUAGGGAUCACGAGAUUGUUGGUAUAUUGAGUGUUUGUUGUUGAUUGUUUGUAAUGCAUAUACUUGGAUUCUUGUUGUCUAUUGAUUUGUCUGAAAAGAACCAAGGUUCUUUUGGUCGGGAGUGUUACGGGAGAACUGAAGACAUUUGGCGGAUUAAAACCUUUUAUUGUACAUUAAUAAUUUACUGUGUUUUUUGGAUGUAAUUGUUUUACUUAACUUUUGAACUUGUUUGUUUAUAUCAUUAUUUCGGACAUUUUGGUUUGUCUUUGGUUUGAUAUUUUGGUGCUCUCUUUGUCUUUGGUUUGGUAUUUGGGAGUUUUGCUCCGGGAACCUACAAAAUUGAAGGUUUGUUUUGUAAUUGUUAUAAUUAUUGUUG